AUGUCAAAGCCCAUUAAAACCUGCGUGAUCGGCGUCGGCCUCGGCGGCCUCGUCUUCCACGUCCCUUUCGUCCUUAUCCUCCCUCAGUAUUUCACUCUCCAUGCAGUCAUGGAACGGAACCCUGCUGCUCCCAAUCGCGGGAAGGCCCAUGAACGAUUCGAUGGGAAGGGGAGUAUCAAUAUGAGCAACGUCAAAAUCCACAGGUCGCUCGACGCUGUGCUCGGAGAUCCCGAGGUGGAAUUGGUAGUGGUCACCACGCCCAGUGAGACGCACUACAGUCUGGCUAAAGCAGCGUUGGAGGCCGGGAAACAUGUGCUCGUUGACAAGCCUGUCACGGCCACCGCCGCGCAGGCGAAGGAAUUGGGGGCCUUGGCCAAAUCCAAGGGUGUCGUCCUGUAUCCCUUCCAGAACAGAAGAUGGGACUCCGAUUUCCUCGCCUUGCGCCGCCUGCUCGCGUUACCUAGCUCUUCUCCUCAGUCCCUCGGAAACAUCCACGAUUUCGAGUCUCACUAUGACCGCUAUCGUGACACUCUGAAGGGCACUUGGAAAGACGAGCCGAAGCCGGCAAACGGUCAGACGUACGACCUCGGUGCACACCUCAUCGACCAGGCCCUCGUCCUCUUCGGGCGGCCCGAGAAGGUCACCGCGUUCAUCUCGAACAUGAGAGGCAUCGGGCAUCCCGACGUCGAUGACAACUUUACUAUCAUCUUCCACUAUCCUCCUCCUUCCGGCUCUCAGCACCCUCUCACCGUCAUCCUGCGCGCAUCCAUCCUCUCCGCCCGCUCGCCACAGCUGCGCUUCGUCGUCCGCGGCACCAAGGGCACCUUCGUCAAGUACGGCUUGGACGUGCAGGAGGACCAGAUCAAGGAGAUGGCCAACCCCGAAGGGAUCCUCACAGAUGCUGGGUAUGGCAAGGAACCCAAGGACAUCUGGGGCACUGUGCAGAACCUGAAGGGCGAGCAGGUCGUCACAUCUACAUGGCCCACGGAAGAGGCAGGGUGCUAUGUUGAGCUCUGGAAGAAUCUCGCGGAAGUGAUCAGGAAUGGGAAGGAGCAAGCGGUCAAAUGGGAAGAGUCCGCGGCUGUGAUUGAAAUCAUUGAGCUUGCCUACCUGAGCUCGAAGGAGGGUAAGACAAUUGUUGUCCCGAAA